ACAAACAAACAAACUUUCCGCCUUCUCAGUUCUUCUCCCACUCCCCUUCCACUUCCACUUCCAUGGCGGUCUAGAAACAGAGGGAGAGAAAUCGAGAAUGUCGAGCUUGGAAUGGGGCAAAGGAAGGAAGAGGAUGAUCGAAGAACAGGCAACGGAGGAAUUAGAAGCGCUCCAACUUCUCCACCCCGAUCGUUUCGAAUACCUAAAGCUCGAGCUCAAGUCCUUCAUCCAACUUCUCCAAUCGCAAUCGCAAUCGGACCAUCCGAACGCUCACGAAGCCUCCAAACCCUCGCCGACCUCUCUCGCUCCCGAUUCACAAGAGUCGAGCAGUUGUAGGAAGAGAAGGAAGAUAAUAGAGGAAUCAGGAUCAGAGAAAGCAUGUGGAAACAGACUCCAUAGAGCGACUGCUGCCGAAUCGGAGACGGGAGAGAUGAUCGGGCGGAGGAACAGAGUGGAUGUGGUUCUGGAGAGAGCCGUGGUUUGUCUCCGGAAGAUUCGACGCUUCAAAACCGCUCUGUUUUCCGCCGCCUGACGCCGCCCAUCGACGCCGCUCGCCGCACCAUUUUUUGUCGCCUCCAAGGUGCUACCCUCUCUCUCUCUACCACGUAAUUGCCGCACGUGUGGGAAGUUUUGAAACCUGAUUUAGUGGGACAACGACAAACUUUACAGUUUUGUGGAGGGUAAAAAUUUGAAAUUUGCAAUUUGCAGUAAGAAAAAGGUGGAACAAUUUGAAAUUUGUAUUUCGAAUGGAAAUGGAAUAUAGUCUUUGAAUUGGGAAUUUUUGUGUAUAAAUAUUGAUUGAUAUCUGGUUUUGA